AUGCCGCACUUUGUCCCCGUCUACGACCCCGAAAGGCCCCGCAGCGAGCAGCAGCAAGACCCUUCUCUCUUCAAACACCGCCGCUGGGAGCAGCCGCAUGCGCUGCUGCAGCAGCCAGCGAAGGGGGCCCCCCGGGAGCCCCCCGAGGAGGGGGCCCCCCGCCAGAUGCUUCCAAAGCGCCCCGGCUCUAUGGUGCUAAACGAGAAGGGCCUGUGGGUACCUGCGCCCCGAGGGCCCCCCGGGGGGCCCCCGAGGGGCCCCCAAGGGGGCCCCUCGGGGGGCCCCCACAGCAGACAAGACUGGGGGGCCCCCCGCCACCGUGAGGGGCCCCACAGAGACCGCAGGGGCCCCCGCAGCCGCAGCCGCAGCCGCAGCAGCAGCCGCAGCCGCAGCAGCAGCAGGAGGGUCCCCCGGCACAGAGGCAGGGAAGGCCACAGCAGCAGGAAGGAAGCAGAAAGAGAUCGGAGGCCCCAUCGGGAGUCCAGGGGGAGAAGUAUAUCUCCAGAAAGAAGAAGGCCUCCUGCUGACGACCCUUUUGACUAUGUCACCCCCAAGCAGCGGCGGCUGCAGCAGCAGCAGCAGCAGCAGCAGCAGCAGCAGCCGACGAGAGGGCGGGUCGCCGCCCCGCCGCAUCCCAAUUCCAGGUACAGGCGCUAG